AUUUUCGCCGACAGUCUUAUUUUUAUGGUGGCCAUGUGGUUGAAUUUUUGAAAUAAUUCCCAAUUAUUGUUUUAAAAAACCGUGACAAUGGGGGAGGCCAAGAAGCCACAAUUUGUCGAUUUGAUCCGCACGAUCGGUGACGACGACGAGAUUGAGGAUUUUUCGGAGGAAUCGGAUGCCGAAGUUGAGUUCCAGCCCACGAAACAGAAAAACAAGCGUAAAGUCGACUUCGACACCGACUUCCAGUUCGUAAGUUCGGCCGAAGAGUACAACAAAGACUCCUGGAACGACUUGACAAAAUACGUGAAGCGGAAAGCAAAGACCAAAACCGACGACAAAAUCAAGAAGGUGCUCGUGGAGGCGCCCCACGCCGACUCGGACGUGUCUCUCUCAGACAGCGAGUUAAAACACGACAAAAUCAGGGAGAAAGAAACGAGGAAAAAAGCGGCCCCCAAUGAAAACUUUUUUGAAACUGUUGAUUUGGACACGGAACAUGCGAGUUUCUACCAGAUGAACUUAUCGCGGCCGUUGCUCAAAGCGAUAAGUGAUAUGAAAUUCGUUCACCCGACCCCUAUUCAGGCCUCCACAAUUCCGGUGGCUUUAAUGGGGCGCGAUAUUUGCGGGUGCGCUGCCACAGGGACGGGCAAAACGGCCGCUUACAUGCUGCCAACGCUCGAGAGGCUGUUGUACCGGCCUGUAGGGGGCCCCCCUGUGACACGUGUGCUGGUGUUGGUGCCCACACGUGAGCUGGGGGUGCAGGUGUACCAAGUCACCAAACAACUGGCGCAGUUUAGCGAUAUUCAAAUCGGGUUGGCUGUUGGCGGCUUGGACCUAAAAGCCCAGGAGACGAUUUUGCGGAAAAACCCCGAUAUUGUUAUAGCGACUCCAGGCCGACUUAUUGACCAUUUGAAAAGCACCCCGACUUUUGGGCUGGAUUCGAUUGAAGUCUUGAUUUUGGAUGAGGCUGAUCGGAUGUUGGACGAAUAUUUUGCCGAACAGAUGAAGGAGAUUAUAAAACAAUGUGCCAGGACUCGGCAAACGAUGCUUUUCUCUGCGACGAUGACUGAGGAAGUUGAGAGUUUAGCCGCGGUUAGUUUGAAUAAACCGGUUCGGUUGUUCGUUGAUAGUAACCGGGAGGUGGCGUUUGGGUUGCGUCAGGAGUUUGUAAGGAUCAGGCAGGAUAAGGAGGGCGAUCGGGAGGCGAUUCUGGCGGCGCUUGUUUGCCGGACGUUCCGCGAACAUUGCAUGGUGUUCGUCCAGACGAAGAAGCAAGCGCAUCGGUUGCACAUUCUGUUGGGGCUUUUGGGCCUCAAAGUCGGGGAAUUACACGGGAAUUUGACGCAACCGCAGCGUCUCGACGCCUUGCAAAAGUUCAAGGAGACGCAGAUCGAUGUCUUGGUGGCCACUGACGUGGCGGCCCGAGGGCUGGACAUACAGGGCGUUCAAACUGUGAUUAAUUUUGUGAUGCCGGCCACAGUCGAGCAUUACAUACACAGAGUGGGGCGCACGGCUCGAGCAGGCCGUGCCGGAGUCUCUGUAAGUCUCGCCGGGGAACAAGAACGCAAAAUCGUAAAAGAUGUGGUCAAAAAAGCCAAACACCCGGUCAAGAGUCGGGUAAUUCCCCCAGACAUUCUCGAGAAAUACAAAAAUAAACUGGAGAAACUUGAGCCGCAAAUCGCGCAAAUUUUGCAAGAGGAGUACGAGGAGAGACAGGUGGCGAAGGUUGAGAAUCAAGUGAAUAAGGUCGAGAAGUUGCUCAAGGGGGAAAAGGGCGAAGCCCGGCCCUGGUUCCAGACGAAGAAGCAGCGAAAGGACGAGAAAAAACGCCUGAGUUUGAAGGACGUCCCGAAGAAUAAGAGUGAUAAAGACAAGAGAAAACAUAAAAAAGGGGCGAAGGAAACCCCCGAUGAACGUGUUAGGAGUGAAAUGGGCAAAGUUGCUCUGCUUCAGGCCAAACUGGCGAAGAAAAAGCAAAAAUUGACGAAAAUUAACGCUGUUGUGGACGUUGAAGUCGGUCGGAAAGCUGGCGUUAAACGGAAGAAAACGAAUUUCGGUAGUGACUUGUGGGAUACGAAAAGUGCGAAAAAGUUGCGACAUGAAGCGAACGCGGCGAAGAAAGGUAAAGUGUUUGGAAAGCCGCAGCAGAAGAAGAAGAGACGUUGAAUAAAAGGCUUUGUAUUGUUGAAAUAUUUAUUUUAAACUGGAAUUAUAAAAUAAGAACGAAAAUAAAAAAUCAUUAAGGAAG